AUGAUAGAAUUUUUGUUAAUGGUCAAUAAACAAGGUCAAACUAGAUUAAGCCAAUAUUAUAAUCAUUUAAGUAUUGAAGAGAAAACUAUAUUAGAAGGAGAACUUAUAAGAAAAUGUUUAUCAAGAGUGGAUUAUCAAUGUUCUUUCUUACAAUAUAGGGAAUAUAAAAUUAUUUAUAGAAGGUAUGCAAGCUUAUACCUCAUCGUUGGUGUAUCAGACCAAGACGUUAACGAAUUUGCUAUUCUCGAAAUGAUACAUAACAUCAUAGAAAUCCUGGAUAAAUAUUAUGAAAAUGUUUGUGAAUUAGAUAUCAUGUUCAAUAUUGAUAAAACACAUUUUAUUAUAGACGAAAUUAUUUGUAAUGGACAAAUUUGUGAUAUGAACAAAAACAAUGUAUUGAGACCAAUUCUGUUAAUGGAUAAAGUUUCUUUAAAAAUGUAA